AUGCCCCUCCUCUCCCUCCCCACAGAACUGCAGACACAGAUUCUGACAAACUUGACCUGGGACGACCAUUGUCGCUGCUUUUACGUCUGCAAGCUCUGGGGGUCGAUAAUUCUGUCAAAUAAGUUAUUAAAAGAACGGUGGUAUACUCACAUUUCCACAUCUGAGGCCGAAGCCGGUCUUCACGCAAUCUUCACAACCCCCGGGUUAGAAUACAUUUACACAUCAGACGGGUUUCGAGUUCUCCUACCCCCCUCUGAUUCCCCAUCUUCGAUCAUAUAUCCAAAUACAAGCACGAGUCGGGGUUAUAGAAUGCGUCUUACAUCUGAAUUCCCACUGUUCCAAGAACCGAUCUUUCAGGUUCCAUCGGCAGGUUCGAAGAUACAGGAGGUGGCGUAUAAUAUAUAUUUACUAGGUAUACCACUUUGUGGAGAUGGCAUGAUUAAGAUACCAUGGGAUCAAUUGGACAACGUGGAGAUAGGGGAGAGCGGGUAUGUGAAGGUAUCCGUCAAGACUGUUUUGGAGUUUUUGGAGGAGCUGGUGUGGCCGGAGCCGGAUAUACCGCCUGAGAAGGGACAGGAGUAUAGAUUUCGGUUUUGGUUCAAUGGGAAUCUGCCGUGGAUUGUGGGAUUGAAGGAGAUAUUAAGCUAG